AUGCCUUCCCUCCUCGACGUCUCUCAGGCUAACGCAAACUACGCGCCUUCGUAUGUUCCUGUAAUGGUUGUCACCGGAGGCACCGCAGGAAUAGGACAAAGCAUGGCCAACGCUUUGGCACGUCAUCUACAUGGACGAAUUCACAUCAUCAUUUUCGGGCGCAACAAAAGUGCUGCAGAAUCAUUCCUCGCAUCUCUUCCAAAAACUGAGGAAUCAACAUACGAGUUCUUGGAAUGCGACCUCACUUUGAUGCAGAAUGUUUGUUCUUUGGCUGGUCAGAUCAAAGAGCGCGUUUCUCGCGUUAACUUCCUCGUUCAUUGUGCCGCUGUUGUUGGCUUUGGAGGAAGGCAGGAAACAGAGGAAGGCAUUGAUAUUAAACUGGCAUUGAGGUAUUACUCCAGAUGGGUUCUGACGUAUAACCUCCUUCCCUUGCUACAGAAUGCGAAAGGAAACGGCGAGUCAUCGAGCGUCAUUACCGUUCUCGGAGCCGGCCUUGGACCAGAAAUUAAUCUCGACAAUCUAGGCUUGAAGAACUCUUACAAAGGCCUAAAAGCCAUGGCUCAAAGUACUGCUUAUAAUGACCUCAUGGUCGCGGAAUUUUCCCGCCAAAAUCCUGAUAUUUCGUUCACUCACAUUCAUCCCGGAGUCGUCUAUACAGGAACCAUCAGCAACCAGCACUUGGCUACCAAAAUUCUUGUUAUUCCCCUUCGUCCUUUACUGUGGCUCUUAACUACACCUAGGCAGGAUUGUGCAGAGUAUAUGUUAUAUGCAAUGCUAUAUGCCAACAAGGGAAUGAACCGACGCAACAAAACUGGCGAUGAUAUUGGAAUGUUAAAGUUUCCUCAAGCCGAAAAUGCGCAAACUCUGCUGUGGGAACACACAGCGCUGGUAACCGGAACUGACUCGUAA